AUCACUCAUAUACACUAUAUUGCUAAGUAUUGGGAUCCCCCUCUCAAUCAUUGCUUUCAAGUGUUCCAAUCACCUCCAUGGCCACCUAGGCAUGCAGACUGCUUCUACAAACAUUUGUGAAAGAAUGGGUCGCUCUCAGGAGCUCAGUGAAUUCAAGUGUGGUACCCUGAUAGGUUGUCACCUGUGCAAUAAGUCCAUUCUUGAAAUUUCCUUGCUACUAAAUUUUCCACGGUCAACUGUUAGUGGUAUUUUAACAAAGUGGAAGCAACUGGGAACAACAGCAACUCAGCCAUGAAGUGGUAGGCCACGUAAAAUGACAAUGCAGGGUCAGCGCAUGCUGAAGCCACAGUGUGCAGAAGUCGGCAACUGUCUGCUGAGUCAAUA